CCCCAAAAAACAAAGUAAAAUAAAAAACACUAACAUGCCAAUCUCAUUUCCCUUCUUCACUUCCAAAAAAACAAAACAAAAAUGGAUAUCUCAGAGAUCGCUAAGAAACUCAAACUCUCCGAUUCCAAACUUCUCAUCCGUAAAGCCGCUGAACUCCGUCGCCUCUGCGAUGUUCACUUUGAUUCCUCCAUCAUCGGCGUCGGUGAAGUUGCAAAAGCUAUUAUCUGUAUGGAAAUCGCUGCGACGAAACUUGGUGUUCUUUUCGAUCGAUCUUCUGCGGUGAAGCUUAGUGGAAUGUCUGAUAGGGGUUAUAUUAGAUCCUAUAAUUCACUUCAUAAUACAAUUGGUGUCAAGUUGAAGCUUGAUGUGAGGGAAUUGGCGAUUCAAUUUGGGUGUGUUCGGAUUAUACCGUUUGUUCGCGAUGGUCUGAAACUUUAUAAGGAACGGUUUCUUUCAUCGUUGCCGGCUGCUCGUCGUGCAAGUGCUGAUUUUACUCGUCCGGUUUUUAUGGCUGUUGCUUUUUAUUUAUGUGCAAAGAAACAUAAGCUAAAAGUUGAUAAGAUUAAGCUGAUUGAACUUUGUGGUACAUCUGAAUCUGAAUUUUCUAGUGUUUCUACUACUAUGAAAGACUUGUGCCAUGAUGUUUUUGGGGUUGCUAAAGAAAAGAAAGACCCUAAAGAAGUGAAGACCAAUAGAGAUCUGCUUGAUGUCUUACCAAGCAAAAGAAAAGCUGAGGAUGGCGGCUAUUUGUCUGAUGAUGGGGAAGAGGUUUCAAGUUAUAAAAAAAGGAAACAGAUGGAAACAAAAGAUUAUGAGAAAUGGAAAUCUUCAGUCCUUACAUCCAAUAAACAAGAUAAGAAAGAAGUGCCCAGCAAGAAACCAAAGCAGACUCGCCUCAACUUCGUCAAGGAAGCUCCUGAGACCCAGAAGUUGGAGGCGAUGUAAGAUGGUGGUAUUCUUUGAUUUGCUUCGUAUUGUGAUGAAAGUUAAUUCAAGUGGAAGUUCAGUACAGUAUAACACAAAGCAUGAAGAUGGGCAUUAAUCUAUGUAGCAACAUAAGAGAAGUGGCCUAGUUGAUUAUUCUUACAAUGUUCUCAAUUUUGUUAGUUUUCUUUUGGGGAAUUGCCAAAGCAUUAAUCUAUAGCAAGAACUCUGUACAGACUGUUACUUUUUAUCAUUGGAAUUUGGCUUCAAAAUGAGUCACAUAUAGUUGUUCAUUUACUCGUAUUAGAUAGUGAAUCUGUAAAUUCAUGUGUGUGGGUUUUUCUAUUUAUCCAACAAAGUUUGGGAUAAUGCUACCUUUCAACUAGAAUGCCUAACACCAGUUCAUCUUCAA